CUUUUCACAUACCUGAUUUUAUUUUCAGCCCCUCCCCUCAUUUCAGGAGUACGCAGGCGUCUUGCACUGCAGGGCGAUAGCAGCAGUAGCGAUCAGAGAGCUGCGUUGCAGGGAAAGCGCCAUCAAUGGCGAUCAGCAGCCCCCGAGCAAGGCUAUCCCAACGCCGGUUGCCCACACAGGGUUGCAGUCAGGGGCAACCAGCUGUAGACUCUGCAUUCACCAGACUCCUCCUUCUUUGUGCAUUUUCCCCCAGCAUUGCAAUCCGUUGCAAACCACUUUCGAAUGCGAACUUGCGUCAUCCUACAGCUGCCAAGUCGUCAAGACAAGCCGACGUUGUUCAAUCUGGGAACACCGCUUAUGCCAGGGGCCGAGACUGUAGCUCUGUUUCGAGAUUCCUAUUGCCCAAAUGUAGGACGGGGCAACAUAGAUUGCUGCCAAACUCCAGCUUCAAAAACAGGGGCAGCGGCGGAUCUAGAGGACCAUGCGCCGCCACCGCCGACGUCAGUGCUGACGUCAGCACAGCCACUGAGCUGCCGCCGUUCCUGCCAAAGGAGGCGGAGCUUCUCGAGGACCCGGACGCGAAAAAGUUGGCGAGGCGAAUAAGGAGGCUGCCAGUCAUGACGUCCCUGGCGGCAGAGCCCAUCGACUCCAGUUUCGUCGGCCCCGAUUGGGCCGGACGAUCCGACGGUCCCAAGGUUGGCUCGAGCGACCCGCCCGUUGUUCUCCUUGCGGGAUUUGACAGCUCGUGCUUGGAGUAUCGGCGGCUUCUCCCUCAGCUCGAGCGCGGCGGAAGCGAGGUGUGGGCGGUCGACCUGAUCGGGUGGGGCUUCUCCAGCGCAACGGAAGGGAAAGGCCCUGCGGUGUCGUCUUUCGGCCCAGCGGCCAAGCGCGAGCACCUCUAUAGCUUCUGGAAGACGUAUAUGAAACGGCCCAUGGUGCUGGUGGGGUCCAGCCUGGGGGGAGCGGUGGCCGUCGAUUUGGCCUUGGAGCAUCCCGAUGCGGUGGACCGCCUGGUGUUGUUAGACGCACAAGUGUUCAUCGACGGGGUUGGAAAUAGGGCCAAUCUGCCGCGAUGGCUAGCAAAUGCGGGGGUACAGUUCCUGCGAAGUUGGCCGUUACGUGCUUACGCCGGAGGUUUAGCCUUUUACAAUCGAGCGGAAGCGACUAAGGGAGCCACCCAGGCGGGGCGGCUGCACUGUUUGAUGCCGGGCUGGCCCGAGGCGAUGAUGAGCUUCAUGAGCAGCGGCGGGUACAGCCUCACAGCCAGGUUGCCACAGUUGGAUAGGCCCAGCCUCGUAUUGUGGGGCCGCCAGGACCGUAUCUUGGAGCCAUCGUAUGCUUUGCGCUUUGAAAAGGAGUUGGCACGCUCGAGGUUGGAGUGGGUUGAAGAGAGUGGCCACCUCCCUCAUAUAGAACAGCCCGAAUUGGUCGCCGAGAAGAUUCGGCAAUAUGCCGCAGAGUCGCUAUGAGGGACGCUGUUCACCGCAAGCUCAAUGCUUGGGGUGAGCAAGGUGCAGGACCCUCCGCGUUACAAGCAUGCAAUGCAACCUUGUAUCCUAUCGCCGUUCUGUGAAGUUGCUUUUCCUUGGGGUACGUUCUCAUGUCGGACUCAAAUUCAGAUAAUGUCUAUCUAAAAGUACCCAUAUGAACUUAAACCGCACGUUGCUGCAGC